AUGGCGAAAUCUUUUAUUUCAACUUUGAGACAGGUGAAAGUGUUUGGGACCAUCCUUGCGACGAGCACUACCGCAAGGUCUACGAGAAGUACAAGGCGAAAAAAGAAGCAGAUCGAGCAACAGGUAAUGACGACUCAAAGAGGUGGGCAAUGUGGACAUGUUCUCAGACGAUUUGAGUUGUUCAGAAGAAUAUAUUUGCCGGACUGA